CUCAACGGCCAAUAGGGAAACUGUAAAUCCUGGAUUUAUUACUAAUAAACAAUUGUUGCCUUUUUGGCCCUAUUUAUACUCCAAACCUUUCACUAUACUUUGCAUCAAUCACAACAUUUACUUCUAUACUCACAAAGUAUACUUUGCUCUCCCAUUUUCACUAAGAAAAUCAAGCAUGGCUAAGAUUGUUUCAUUUCUCCUUUUGGCCCUCCUUGCCAUCUCCAUGCUUGCUAACACUGUUAUGGCUGCAAAUGGCAAACACCACCAUGCUAAAAAGUAUGGACCAGGGAGCUUGAAGCCCUCGCAAUGUCUACCACAAUGUACGAGGAGGUGUAGCAAGACACAGUACCACAAGCCAUGCAUGUUCUUCUGCCAAAAAUGUUGCAACAAGUGUUUGUGUGUUCCACCUGGUACUUAUGGAAACAAGGCUGUUUGUCCUUGUUACAACAACUGGAAGACCAAGGAAGGAGGACCUAAAUGCCCUUAAAUUACUUUCUAUUUUCUUCAUCUAAUAUGUCUACCUUAUCUUCUUGUUUUUUUCUCCUAUUGCACUUUUAUCUAACCCAAGUGGUUAUAUAUGUAAUAUAACCAUAUUUCCAG